AUGCCGUCCCAGGAAGUCCUCAGCAAGCCCGACGGCGCCGUCUUUACCACGAGCCAGGGUCACCCGGUUCCCGAGCCGUACGCGCACCAGCGUGCCGGCAGGAACGGCCCGCUCCUCCUCCAGGACUUUGCGCACAUCGACAUGCUCGCCCACUUUGACCGCGAGCGCAUCCCCGAGCGCGUCGUCCACGCCAAGGGCAGCGGCGCCCACGGCACCUUCGAGGUCACCGACCCGAUCCCGGACCUCACCUGCGCCGAGUUCCUCGGCAAGAAGGGCAAGGUGAGCGCGACGGCGCGCUUCUCGACCGUCGGUGGCGAGAGCGGGUCUGCCGACACGGCGCGCGACCCUCGCGGCUUCUCGGUCAAGCUCCGCACCGAGCAGGGCAUCUGGGACCACGUCUACAACAACACGCCCGUCUUCUUCCUCAGGGACCCGGCCAAGUUCCCUCGCUUCAUCCACACGCAGAAGCGCGACCCGCAGACGCACCUCAAGGACGCCGACCACUUCUGGGACUACCUGUCGCAGGAGCCCGAGGCGUUCCACCAGGUCAUGAUCCUGUUUGGCGACCGCGGCGUGCCCGACGGCUACCGGUUCAUGCACGGCUACUCGGGCCACACGCACAAGCUCGUCAAGGCCGACGGCUCGUUCGUCUACGCCCAGUUCCACUACCAGUCGCGCCAGGGCACCAAGUUCCUCACCCAGGACGAGUCGGUCAAGAUUGCCGGCGAGAACCCGGACUACGCCGGCCAGGACCUGUUUGAGGCGAUCGAGAAGGGCGAGCACCCGUCGUGGGACUUCUGCGUCCAGACCAUGACGCCCGAGCAGGCCGAGAAGUUCCGCUACAACAUCCUCGACCUCACCAAGAUCUGGAGCCACAAGGAGUUCCCGCUGCGCAAGGUCGGCGUCCUCACCCUCAACGAGAACGUCAAGAACUACUUCGCCGAGGUCGAGCAGGUCGCGUUCUCCCCGUCGCACCUCAUCCCGGGCGUCGAGCCGUCGGCCGACCCGGUCCUCCAGUCGCGCCUGUUCUCGUACCCGGACGCGCACCGCUACCGUCUCUCCGCCAACUACGCGCAGCUCCCAGUCAACGCGCCGCUCAACCUGCCCGCCAACUUCCAGCGCGACGGCACCAUGGCGUUCCACAACCAGGGCGCGCGCCCCAACUACAAGUCGACGAUGCAGAAGCUCAGCUACAAGCCGCAGCCGUACCAGUUCGACAAGCACGAGCAGUUUGUCGGCAACCUGUGCGUCGAGCUGAGCGAGGUCACCGAGCUCGACUUUGAGCAGCCGCGCCAGCUGUGGGAGAAGGUGUUUGACGACGGCGCGCGCAAGCGCUUCAUCGGCAACGUCGCCGGUCACCUCGGCGGCGCCAAGAGCGACGAGAUCAAGCAGCGUACCCUCUCGGUCUUCAACGCCAUCCACCCCGACAUCGGCUCCGGCAUCGCCAAGGCCAUGGGCGUCUCGAACCCGGCGCCCCUCAAGGCCCUCCCGGCGUCCGAGGCGCUCGAGUUCCGCGCCAACAUCAACCCGCAGGCGUAAAAGAGCGCCGCAGGUUGGUCGACCCGCUUGCUGCCGCACGAGGAGGAGAGGAGGCGGUCCCGCUUGAACUCGCUGUCGUACACCCCCUCUCACUCUCGUCCUGUAACUACUCGAUUUAGUGCACGCA